AUGGACGACUCUAUAUUCUCCAGGAUAAAAAAGCUGGCCAAAUCGGGUUUCUUCAAGAACCCAGAGAUAGACAAGCUUGGGUAUGGAUCCUUCCUGAAGCAACCGGCUGCAGACUCAAAUCUGUUCAUCCAAAAGGCCAGAGACCUGAAGUCCAGGGCCGAUGCUGCAAUGAAGGAGCCUGGCCACAAGGGAGCAAAGAUGGUCAUGGAGACAAUUAUGAUGUACAUAAGGGGAUACAUAGAGGAGGGUGGCAGGCACAAGACGGUCGACAUCAUUCGGGGAUGGAAGAGCCUUGGAAAGUACAUUGGAGAGACCGCAAGGUCGCAGAAGGAGGAGGACAUCUCUGCAUUUCUUAGGCUGGUCCUAUUCAACGUGAAGUUUCAUUAUCUGUAUUUGGAAAGUUCCCUGAUAAUCAAGCAGGGAAGAAGAAAUGAAAACAAGGAGGGCAUACUGACGUAUUUUCUAAGUGAAUACAACGAUCUUUAUAAUCUGUUCAUACAGUCCAAGAUGAAGAACUUCCACGUACUUCGUCCGGACGAUCUUCUGGACAUUGUGAAGGAGAAAAUAAACUCGAUGUAA